GUGGCGGACGCCACCUGCUAACGGAGGCCGAUCGCCCCGGGCAGGGCCCCGGCGGGAGGGACGUGCCCCGGUCGCCAACGCCCGAGCUCAGCGUUAGAAGCGGCUCGGCUCCAGACCUGGGUCCCGAGCGAGGACGCCAGGCCUCGCCGGGAAGGGGAGUCCCGAGCGGGGGCGCUCCACGAGGUCCGCCCCGGGGCACGCCGGGAAACCGCGCGCCCCGCCCCCUCCCGCGCACUCUCCUCCCCCCGCUGCGCAGCUCUCGGCCGCCCCCUGCCGCCGCGGGGUGGGCCCUGCAACCCGCUCCGUCCCCGCCUCCACGCCGCCGGAUUGGCUGCGCUCCGAACCUGAGGCUCCGCCCCUUUCCCCGGGUCCUUUGAUCACGCGCCUCCGCCUCUUCCGGGGCCCGGGAGCCAAGCGAGGGCGUUCCUGUCCGGGCUGCAGCGGCGGGAGGAGACACAGGGAAGACGAUGUCCAGGCUGUUUGUCUGGAGCGACACCAGGGACGAGGAGGACGCGUACAGCCUAUACCGUAGCCUGGGGAGUGGGGACUGGAUCAGGACUGAGACAGGCUCCUUCCAGGAGCCCAGUGGAGGCGCCCUCCCGAGGCACUGCCCAUGCUGACUACACAGUCCUCCAGCUGCUGAUGUCAUGAGUAACACCACAGUGCCCAGUGCCCCCCAGGCCAACAGCGACUCGAUGGUGGGCUAUGUGUUGGGCCCUUUUUUCCUCAUCACCCUGAUCGGGGUGGUGGUGGCUGUGGUAAUGUAUGUCCAGAAGAAAAAGCGGGUGGACAGGCUUCGCCAUCACCUGCUCCCCAUGUACAGCUACGACCCCGCUGAGGAGCUCCAUGAGGCUGAGCAGGAGCUACUCUCUGAGGUGGGAGACCCGAAGGUGGUGCACGGCUGGCAGAGUGGCUACCAGCACAAGCGGAUGCCCUUACUGGACGUCAAGACCUGACACCCUCACCUUCAGAACCAUGGGUCCUGCCGCCUGCUGGUUCCCCUCCCACCUGCCCACCCGGCCCCCGGCUGGGCACUGGGUCUCCACCCCUCCAGCCCAUCCCCCUCCGCCUGUAGGCCUUUGCGGGCUGAGCCUGCUCCCAGGCACUGGGGGCUUUUCCUCUUGGGGUGGGCCGCUGUGCCCUGUGGGCCCCUGACUUGGCUUGGGAGCUUCCCAUGGUGACAGGGCUGAUGUAUAGUCUUCAGUAUACAUAUUUUGUAAAUAAAAUGUUUUGUGGUUAGA